AUGGUAAUAAAUCAAACUGUGGAUCUACAUAUAAACACCAAUACAGUCAGUUCUUCAACAACAACCACAAUAGAUGAGGCUGGCAAAAAAAGUAGCAAGAAUUGGAAAAACAGAAUUCUUAUUGUGUAUAACCAUCCCAUAACACAGUUUAUUGUGGGUAAAUGGUUCUUUAUAUGUUUAGCUAUAUUCAUUGUUAUUGCAAGGUUUGCUCCAAAUUUUGCUAGGGAUGGUGGUCUUAUCAAAGCUCAAUACAGUAUUGGUUACGGUUGUGUUGCUUGGAUAUUUUUAGGAUCAGGGCUAAGUAUGAAGACUAGUAGAAUUAUGGCUAAUAUGGCAAAUUGGAGGGCACAUUUAGUUAUCUUUGCACUAAGUUUUCUUAUCACAUCUUCCAUUAUCUAUGGAUUUUGUACCGCCAUUAAAGUGUCAAAUAAUAAGAAUAUUGAUGAUUGGGUACUUAUCGGACUUCUCAUGACUGCUGCUUGUCCCACCACAGUAGCUUCUAAUGUAAUAAUGACCACACAAGCUGGAGGUAAUGACUUAUUAUGUGUAUGUGAAGUAUUUUUAGGUAACCUAUUUGGUGGAUUUAUUACUCCGGCAGUAGCUCAAAUGUAUACAAGAAAUAAAUAUUUCCAGUAUGGUAACCCUGCAAAUGGAAAUAGUAUGCAAGCCCUGUAUGCUCGUGUGAUGAAACAAAUGGGUUUAUCUGUUUUUGUUCCCUUAUUUAUGGGUCAACUUAUUCAAAAUUUUGCUCCAAGAAUUACUAAAAUGUACUUUGAUUUUUUGAAAAGAUAUCAUUUGAAAAUUGGUUCAUAUAUGUUGUUAUUAAUUAUGUUUAGUAGUUUUUCCACUGCUUUCUAUCAAAAAUCUUUUACGAGCAUUUCCCACAUCUCGGUAAUAUUUCUUUGUUUCUUUAACUUUGGAUGUUAUUUACUAUUUACCGCCAUUUCCUUUGCUGUGGCCAGGCCAUGGUUUAUUACCAAAUUAUUUCCUCAUGAACCUAUCCCAGGUACUUCAUCUAAAUUAUAUACCUGGUCUUAUAAAAUUUUUAGACCAUUUUAUUACAGUAAAAGAGAUUCUAUAUGUAUUAUGUUUUGUGGUCCGGCUAAGACUGCUGCUUUGGGUGUCUCUUUGAUUACAUCACAAUAUGGUGAUGAUAAGGAGCAUCUAGGGAAACUGUUAGUACCAUUAGUGUUAUACCAAGCUAUACAAGUUUUAACUGGUAGUUUUUUUGUUCCAUUAUUCAAAAGGUGGGCAAGGGAUGAAAUUGAGAAAUAUGACAAUGAUCUAGUUAAUGAAAAGAGUCAAGAGAAUAUUAGUGAUAUUUCUAACAACAGUUUAGACGAUACAACUUCUGUUACAAUUGACAAGAAGACUGAGAUAUUAGAUCUAGAGAAUAAUCCACUAAAAACUGAUAUCAGUAAUGAUUCAUCACUUCAAAGUAUGAUUAAGUCUGAUGUAUAG